UCUCUCUUCAACUAUUCUCUUAUCAUGAGACACACUAUGUCUCCAUUUCUCUUGUUCUGUUUGGUGUUUGUUAGCCAAUUGAUGGCUGGAUUCAGUUCAUCAACACCACCUCCAUCCUAUGGAGAUCAUGUAUCAAUUCUCAGCAUAGAUGGUGGUGGCAUCAGAGGAAUUAUUCCAGCCACUGUUCUUACUUACUUGGACAAGGCUCUUAAGGCAAAGGAUCCGACAACAUCAUUGGCACAUUACUUUGAUGUGAUAUCAGGAACAAGCACUGGUGGACUCAUGACUGCGAUGUUAGCAGCACCAAAUUCAUCUAAUUCCAAUCAUCCUCUCUUCACUCCAUCAGAAGUAGUGCAGUUCUACAAGAAAUAUGGCCCUGAUAUAUUUAGAGCUAGAAACUGGUGGGAUCUUGAAAAAUGUCCCAAGUACGAUGGAGAGUUCUUACGGGACAUAACACGUAAGAUUUUGAAAGAUACACGACUGAAUCAAACGUUGACGAACGUGGUAAUACCAUCUUUCGAUGAGAGGAAAAUCUACCCAGUUAUAUUCUCAAACUUCAAGCUGAAGACAGAAACUUACUUGAAUGCGAAACUCUCAGAUAUAUGCCUAUCCACUUCAGCUGCACCUACUUAUCUGCCACCCCACCAAUUUGAGAAUGCUGGUGUUCAAUUUGAUAUGGUUGAUGGAGCUAUGGCUGCUAAUAAUCCAGCUUUGGUGGCUGUGAGUGAAGUGAUACAACACACUGGGAACAAAGAAAUCAUGUUGCUGUCAUUAGGAACUGGAAUAACAGCAACUAACAAGUUAGGUGGCAUUUUUGAUGGCGUGUGUCAACUUGGAUGGCUAGUGAACAGCUUUGAUGUUUUUAGUGAGGCUUUGUAUAGUACAGACAUGACCCAUUACUACCUUGCCACACUGUUCUCUGGCCUCGUACCUCAGGAUAACUACCUUCGAAUUGAGGAGUAUAACCUUGAUCCAUCUAUGGAAGAAAUGGACGAUGCUUCACCCAAAAACAUGGAUAAGCUUGAAAAGGUUGGAAAGAACCUGUUGUCCCAGAAGGUUCGCAGGAUGAAUAUUAAUACUUUUGUACCAGUUCCACUGGACCAAACAAAUGCUCAAGCUCUUGACAGGUUGGCUGAUAAACUGUAUGCUGAGAGGCUGUUGCGUCUGAAAAGGAAAUCUAUGGAAAAGGGAAGAAGACCAUUUAUUGGAACUGUUGAAGCAAAUUCCAAUCGAAUCUCAGCAGCUUAAGCUCUGUUAAUUAAUGAGUUGUAUGAAUAAAUGUCACUAUGAUGACCUUCUAUUAUGCUGUGUGUUACUGUCAUGUUUGCUGUAAUAAUGUUUCAAUGCUUUUAGGGUUCUAAGCAACUCCUGAUUGCAAGGACAAUGGAUAAAAGAAUAUGGAUGUUUUUGAGUUCUUUGUAACUCCUAUCAAUCAAUGAUAUUUCAUAGUUGAUUAUUA